AAUGUGUGGCAUUUGCUUAGUAAUCUUUUAUGGAGGGGGUGAUGUUUGCAGAUCCGAUAUUCCCAAAUUAAAUUUCGAUUGUCUGAAGAAGAGAGGGCCAGACAGUUGGUUAGAAAAAUCAAUUCAUAAUUCAGCUUACUGCCUACAUUUUUUUGGGAGUGUCUUACAAAUGCAGGGAAAUUUAACAAAACAGCCAUUAGAAGAUAAUCUAGGAAAUAUAUUAUUGUGGAAUGGGGAAAUUUUUGGAGGAAUCAAUAUAGAAAAAGGGGAGAAUGACUCUAAGAAACUAUUAGAUAUCCUAUCAAAAGCAAUUACCAAUGAUGAAAUAUUACAUAUAUUUUCAAUGAUAAAAGGCCCAUGGUCAUUUCUAUAUUGGCAGGAUGUAGAUUAUACCGAAGUUGCUUCUCUGGGUCUGUAUUGUCUAUCGGUAAACUCUUCAAACAAGCCGAAAUUAUUUCCUUGGUCACAUAUCAAUGAAGAGAGAUUGUUUGCUGAAGAUUCACUAUACGAAAAAAAUAAACAUUUUUGUGAUAUACAAACAGAAAAGCUCAUUCCUCCUUUUGAUAAAUUCAAUUUUGAUCUGCCGACUGAAUUAGAUGAUAUAAACUUAAAACAAUGUGCUAAACGAGAUAUUUCCACAAUCGAUGAUCUAACAUCAAUCAUUUCAGAAGAUUAUUGGACAAUGUCCAACAGCCUUCUUCAAAAGUUAUCGGAUUCUGUUCGAAUAAGGAUUUCUAAUCAUCAGAAUCUCUGUGGGAAUUGUAUAAAGGAAAAUAAUAGGAACUGUGAACACGCAAAAAUUGCCGUAUUGUUUUCCGGUGGUAUUGACUCCCUUAUAAUAGCCGCACUAUGCCAUUCACAUUUAGUUGAAAAUGAAGCAAUCGACUUAAUAAACGUUGCCUUCUCAGCUGACAACAGUUAUUCAGUUCCAGAUAGAUUAACUGGUUUAAAAAGCUUUAAACAACUGCAGAAAAUGUAUCCAAAUAGAAAAUUUAAUUUUAUUACGGUUGACGUCUCACUUUCAGAUCUAAGAGAAGCAAGACAAUCCACUAUUGCUAACUUAAUAAAACCUUUACGUACUGUUUUAGACGAUUCAAUAGCAUGUGCCAUCUGGUUUGCAGCAAAUGGGAUAGGUUGUGUUGGCGAAAAAUUGUAUAAGUCAUCUGCUCGUGUCAUUCUAACUGGAAUGGGUUCGGAUGAACAGUUGGCCGGCUAUUCCCGUCAUAGAAUGAAUAAUGGAAAUUGGGAUAACUUAGCGAAAGAGGUAGAUAUGGAUAUUAGAAGAAUAUCAGCGAGAAACCUUGGUAGAGAUGAUAGAAUAAUAACUGAUCAUGGAAAGGAAGCUAGAUUUCCGUUCCUUGACGAGGGAGUAGUUAGCUUUCUAAACUCAUUACCUAUAUGGAAAAAGACCAAUUUAUAUCAAGAAAAAGGAAUCGGGGAUAAACUACUUUUACGUUUAGCAGCUAUUCAACUGGGUUUACAAGAGUGUUCCUUGUUCGUUAAGAGAGCGAUACAAUUCGGUUCCCGUAUAGCAAAGCUUGAAUCGAGAAACGAAAAAGCAUCGGAUAUAUGCGAAAGAUUGAACUAA